AUGGGGGCCAGGCAGUCACGGGCCAGCUCCAAGGACAGGGGCUCCAGGAGGAUGCUGCUCCUGGGGAGGAGACAGAAGUUUUCUCCGUGGGACGACACCCUGCUCUUGGGAAGGGACCCACGGUCUCUGCUGCAGCGGGGCAUGCGCCACAUCAGCUUCAGCCUGGUCACCAAAGGAAUGACAGACAUCCCCGACUUUCUGUGGGGCUUGUCUGAGGUCCAGAAACUCAAUCUGUCUCACAAUCGACUCCGGCUCCUCCCUCCCGAGGUGGGGAAACUGACCCGGAUCGUGGUCCUCAACUUGUGCGGGAACCGCCUGAAGAGCCUGCCCCGGGAAGUCAGCCUCCUGCAGAGCCUCAAGGUCCUGUUCGUCAACAUGAACUGCCUGACCGAGGUGCCCGCCGAGCUGAGCUUGUGCAGAAGCCUGGAAGUCCUGAGCUUGUCGCACAACUGCCUGUCCCAGCUGCCCGCCAGCUUCGCCGACCUUUCCAGGCUGAGGAAGCUGAAUCUCAGCAACAACCAUUUUGCGCACAUCCCCGUCUGUGUGUUCUCGCUGAAGGAGCUGGAUUUCUUGCACGUGGGCUCCAAUCGCCUGGAAAACAUCGCCGAGAGCAUCCAGUGCCUGGCCGGCCUGCAGAUCUUCAUCGCGGAGGGCAACAACAUCCACUCCUUCCCGAGGUCGCUCUGCCUCGUCACGAGCCUGGAGCUGCUGAACUUAAACAACAAUGACAUCCAGACCCUCCCGGACGAGCUCUACCUGCUGCGCCGACUGGCCAAGAUCGCUUGGAACCCCAUGGACAAAGGGCUGCACAUCUCCCACAACCCUCUGGCCAAGCCCCUGCCGGAGCUGGUGGAGGGGGGCCUAGAGAUGCUCUUCGGCUACCUCAAGGACAAAAAACACAACUGACGUGGGCAGCGGGGGCAUGGACGGGAGCCAGCUCACCU